GCCGUUGCAAGACGGGUGACUAAAGGAUGGACCCAGAUAUCUCCUUAUUGUUCCAGUGCCCGGCUUCCGGGGGUAUCCCCGAGUCUGACGUCCGAGUAGAACUUUCCCCCCUCUACGACCGGAACUCGCUGCCUGCAGAUCAGGCCCGAAUCGACAGGGUUUGGGCGGCACGUUGCCAGCGGGACCCGUGGCUUUUCAACGGGGCCAAAUUUUGCCUCCACUCCGUCAAGCUGGAUGGGACCCUUUUGACUUUCCACCUGGGGCUUACCAGCUAUAAGGACUUCAUGGGCACCAACUUGGCAAAGACUGCCAGGCAGCUCCGGGAGCAGGGAGACCAGGACUUUGGGAACAGCCAAGCCUAUCUCGCCGAACCCCUGGGUGUGGGUGCCGUGUUGCAGACAGCAGACGACAACUUUGUCUUCUUGCGGCGCAGCCUGUGUGUGGGGGAAGCCCCGGGAAAGAUCGACGUUCCUGGGGGACACCCGGAGCCUCAGGCUGCGUUAGGAAAGGACGCUCCGGAGAGAUCCUUGAUCCGCCAUCAGGACCUCCCGGGAGAUCUGGUGGUCAGAGAACUCUUCUCUUCCGUGCUUCGCGAGGUCCAGGAUGAGGUGAACCUUCAGCCAGCCACCCUCAGCAGCCCUCUUUUGCUCGGCAUCGUUCGGAACGAAACCACCGCAGGCCGGGGCAGCGCCGAAUUCUACGUCAGGUGCAACCUGACCUCGGAGCAGGUGAAGCAGCGUUACGCUCUGGGGGGCCCGGAAGCUCAAGAAUCCGUCAGCAUCCUCUUCGCCAGCCGAGAGGAUGUCCUGUCGAUGGAGCAGAAGGGCGAGUGGUGGAAUCAACUCUGCCCCUCAGCCAAAGGGGCAGUGAAACUUUACACAGAGGUCCUGGGAGCGUGUCAGUAAAAGUCCACCGAUAAACUCUCACCAAGAACUGUUCAGAAUAUCUUUACCGAAACAUCAACCGGCCACAAAUUCAUCGGUUCCUACUUUUCAGCGAAGGAAGGCAGUUAGGCCAAGAAAACAGAUUGGUAAGGUCUUCCAGCUCCUAGAACUGUGUCUGUUGGGCUCCAUUUUUCAAUAAAGAGCGUUUUUUAUAGA